UCUUUCCAGACCUGAAAACAUCGUAAAGGAUUGCACAUUUUGGUCUGCCAGGGAAGUCAUGCAGUAUGAAAUCGGAGAGUGCUCAUCAAUAGGAGUAGAGAGUGCAGUGCAAAUGUUCACGGUGAAUCUACAUACACACCUGGACAUGUAUGUACAAGUACCUGCAUAUGUAUGUAUGCCAGUCGAUGAAGAAUCCCGCCUGCCAGCCAGAGAAAGUGGCGAAGCACAAAAUGAGGAAAGAGCCCUGUGUCACCUGGGUUCCAGGAAGGAAACUGCUGCCGCCGUCGCAUUGCCACGUGCCGGUGCUAGGAUCAGAGCACUGGAAAGAAUCACCUCUCUUUCUGCUCCCAGACUACCCCCAAAACUCGUGUGGACAUCCUGCAUUCGAUACACGAUACUGCCAGCACACCCCACGAGCCGUCCAAACAAUGAUGACGGACAAAACCAUCUCGCAGGAAUAUCUGCACGGAUUCAUCGACGACUGCAAAGGCUUGCUUUCAGAGGCGUAUGAUGCAACGACCUCUCACGAGGGUCUUUUCCCAAUGGAGAAACCGACUUGCAUCUUCAAGAAUAAUGUGACAAGCAUCGCACUCGUGGGUCAACUGUGUGCCCACAUCACCCCAACGUCCACUCCGAACCUCAAAGGUGCCAAUGUCCGGCUCGACGACGUUGCCAAAUCUCAAUUCAACAAGCUGGCCAGGUUGGGCGUAAGGCGAUGCGGCAGGCUGUGGUUGACCAAUGAAUAUUAUAUCCUGUGUACCUUCGUCAAGCUGUCGAGCAACGGCACCGAUGUCUGGACUAAUAUUCCGGUCGAAGAUGGGAGAAUGGACAAGAUGGACCAGUUCAUUGAUACGAGACACGCCCCUUUGAACCUCGAACCGCCCUCAGACGCCGCGGAAUUCCUGUAUUACGAAUACUAG